AUGCGCCCACCUACCAAAAAGAGGAAGAUUGCUGCACCUGCACGCAUAGAGGAAAUAUCAUUCAACCCAGAAUCCCGCAAAGAGUACUUGACAGGAUUCCACAAGCGAAAAGUACAGCGCGCCAAACGAUCAGACAAUUCCGAGCAAGAAGAAGGCGAUGAGGAAGAGUGGAAUGGGAUCGUCGAACCUCCACCAGUUGACUAUGAAGCGGAAUAUAUCGACGAGGAUAAAUAUACUACUGUGACGGUGGAGGAGAUAGAAGCUACGAAGGGUGGACUAGUUACGCGAAGGGAUGGGGCGGAGAAGUCUACGGAUACGGAUGAGGAGGGCGGGGAGGAGGGAGCUCAAGUGACAAAUGGUGCAAAGCCGAAACAAAAGACAUCACGGGCGAAGGAUAACCCAAAUAAAGAUAUCAAGAAGAAACGGAAGCGGAAGCGGGACUUUAAGUAUGAGAGUCCGCUGGAGAGGAAGAUGAACAGGGCCAAGGAGCGUGGGAGGAAGAAGAAACAGGCCGAGGCGAGAAAAGCGAAGAAGGGAUGA